UCGAGUAAACACGCGUUUAUCUGUCCAGCAAGCGCAAGAGAUCGCUGCUUCGUUGAAAAGUAAAUAAAAUCGCGCGUUUCUUUGGCACCCGGCUUGCUUCGGGCUUUGCGCCUUCUCUUUCUGAUCUUCAGAAACGUCGUUACGAACUGAACGAAGUGUUGUGCUGACUCUUGUUUUCCGUUUCUUUUAGCUUCGCGAUCGACCGUUUUUUUUAAAGGUUUUUUUUCUCGAUUCGGGUUUAAUUCAAGGAUAUUCUCAAGGAGCUAGCUGCCCCAGCUCUUUAAUGGUGUAUUUUGAGUUGUGUUUUUUUAAGAUACCCGUAUUUUAAUUACAUGGUUCCUAGUAGAAGUAAAGUGAAUAUACGCGGUUUUCGGUGCUAGAGUGCUUCGUGAUCUAUAAUUUUAAUGGAUACAACUUACGUAAAGGAUCGCUUGAAAACUAACGCCAACAAAAGCACCAAAAACGCCAACGUCCCAUCAACCGACGAAGAAGAAGGAAUAGACUCCAGUGAUGAUCAGUGGCAACAAAAACACAGGAGAGGUCAAGAGGAGAGCACCGGUCCUACGAGUGACGGCGUCAAUUCUCCCGGUGGCGUGAGAAGAAACCCCUCGAUUCUGCUGGCCCUCGAUUCGCUGCAUCGAUCGUUGCUCCUAAAGAAUUUGCAAUUCGAUGACGGAAAAGGCCACACCGAGCAAGAUGAUGAUACCGCCGAUGAUCAUAGUGGUAGAGACAGCAGCAUGAGUGAUAGCAGUGGCGGCAGCACAUCUAGUUAUGAUCCUCAACAGAAGCAGCAACAACGAUUGCAGCUCCAACCGUCGACGGAAGAAGCACUUGAAGCGCUGACGCAACGCGUGGGAAGCUUAGAGGUAACAUCCGUGGAGCACUUAUUGAAAGAGGAGCAGUUUUCGAAGGAGCUGAUCCCUUAUGUGAAUUUCGGCGGUCAAGUGCCGCGCGAUCGAAACAACAAUAAUCUCGAGUACAGUAGGGGUAGUCAGGUCAUGAUGAUGGUGGCCAAGUAUGAGUCGGCCGCGCAAAGUGGCAAGGCCCCUAGUCGGGACGAAACUAGUGAAACGAGUGAUUUCGAAACGGCUAGCGUUAGUAGUGUGGGAAGUGGACGUUGUUCCACCGGUGCAAGUGUGCGGAGUAGUUCUGCCUUCAGUGAAGGCAGCCGCGAUUUGAUGAGUUUAGACAGUUAUGGGAAACCGGAGAUGGCCCCGGUGGGCGUUGUGGGUCGGGGAGAAAGUCAUAUGGUAACGGCUGGGAAUGCUACUAUUACCAUUAAUAUUAUCAAUAAGACUGCAGACGAAUGUGAUACGAUUAGGCCGUCAAAAACGUGUCCUGAAACGAAGGCUGUACAGGUGCAGGUUCCCUCAAACGAUGAGUUGGAAUCGACUACAGGUGAAGAACUAACCCUUGAAGAAUCAAGCACGGAGUGUGAAGAAGAUGUUUUGGAUAGAACAGAACUCUACUCCCCUUACGAUAGUCGACUUUUUCAAACAGCAGAAAGCCAGGAGUUUAUCGAUUGUAAGGAUCAUUUGGAUUCAUCCAAUUCAGGUUAUGAUGAUGGCUCGGAAGGCACCGAAGAUCAACAUCCGCCGCCUAGAUGCAGAGAAGCUAAGCAGUCACGUCAAAGUCCGAAAGUCAUCCAGAAAGAAGCCACGAGUGCUGACGAACCGAUGAUCAACAUUAUCCAGGAACUGAACCAGGAUAUGCAAGUUACCUCAACAGUAAUCUUAAACAAGGCUAAAAUUAAAGAACAUCGAAAAAGUUAUUCAGCGGAGAAAAAGCAGAAACAAAAAAGGGAGAAAACUAAGCUAGAGAAUUCAUACCUCAAUCGACAGAAAAUUAUCAACGAUAAUUUUUGUAAUGAAAUUCUCGAUUCCUCCCAUCAUUAUGGACUGAACAAAAACCAAGAUCAACAGCAGGAAUGUCUGAUGGAAGUUAUGAGCGAUUCGGCUCUUCCAGGUUCUUCUAUUGGGGAUGAAUCCUUUGACUCGUCUAUGUCUUACGGUAAGUUGGAAGGGAAACCUCGAUACUCGGGCCGACCUGUUGGAAAGCUUAUGGCUAAACGUCUAAAAAAAUUUGACCGCAAAAAGUUAACGAAAACAUCCAGCGUCCAAUCGGAUUCAUCCACAGCUUCAAACUAUGCAAAUGGACCGAAGAAACCUCCUCGAACGUUUACAACUCCAAAAAACGGAUCUAAAAUCGGUUGGGUAGAAAGUCUCCGAAGUGGACCCAAGCCUAUUGUGCCUAGCUGCCCAACUUUGACGGAUCUAGGGUCUGAUUCUAGUUCAAAAAACCUCAAAAACAAGAGAGAAAAGACCCAUGAAAUUGGAUGGACAGUUCCCAAGGAAAGCAAAAACGAGUCCACCCUCCCGCCUCACAUUUACAGUAUGCUACACUAUUCAGACGACGAAACUAGGAAGAGGCUUAUCAAAACUUCCCAUUCACAAGCCGUUCCACAAUCUUCCAUUUGUUGUGAACAUAAGAGGAAAGCUCUUGAGCCCGUCGGAACAAAGUUAGACAUCGACGCCGUGGAUGGAGUAACAAUAGGAACACCACGCCGUAAAACAUCCUCCAACCUCGAUUUCGAACGCUUUGUCGCCAACUCUAAAAUCAAAAGCACGCCCCACAAACAGCCUCAAAAACCUUCGAUGGCCCGGCGAACGGAGUUGUUCCUCGAUUCUGAAAAGAAACGACCCGACGCCACAAAUCAGCGACGUCGAACCGUGGCGACCGAUUCCCUCGAAUGGGAACGCCGAAACGAACGGAUUGAUUUUUUAGACGACGGCCGAAGAAGUGAUCACGAACCACCGCCGGACGAAUCUUCCUCCGCCUGUAAGAAAUGUUCGGAAAAGUCCCAGAAAGUAUCCUUCCGCAAGUCGGCCGUCCGUAGAACCAAAUCGUUUUUCGAAGCUUCCAAAAAGAAAAUUCAUCUGCAGAGUAUAAUGAAGAAGGACAAGGAGAAGGAGCGUUUCGAAACACCGAGGAAGCAAGAUUUGGAUUCCAAUCUGAAUAGGGAGCACUCGGUGAAGAAGCAGUUACAUAAACAUUUGGGCUAUACACCGGACCAUUUGCGAUGUGGUUCGUGCCCUAAGGAAGCGAGGAUUGUGAAAAAUAACUUAACGGAGGUUAAUUCGGCACCAGCGCGAAUGGCAGACUACAGCAGACCGAAUCUCCCGACAAGGACCGUACUGAACUUCUCCGGGCAAGAUGUAACGGACUCCAACCUGGACAGCGUUACAAGUCCAAGCAAAAGUGCUAAAACUCACGAGUUAAAGUUUCUCAAAACGCUUAAAAAUCUCAAAAUUUCUCCGAAGAAAAUUUUCAAAUCCGGAGACAAUUCUCUGCAAACCAAAGUGCAGGACUCUUCCUCACCGAGACAGCUUGGAGACUUUCAAUCCUACGAUGAUCUCAACCUGGACAACGUAGCUCAGAUGGGCGAUUUCCUCAACAACGUCCGUCAGCUUGUGGAAACGGAACGCAACAACUCUCAGGAACUGAUUAUAGAACAAAUUUAUCGGGAGCAGUACGGUAAGACCCCCCGAAAUAGACUCAUUUCUACUAGUAGUGAGUUUUUGGAUCGUCCUGCCCGGAUGGAAAUGCAAGUUGCUGCUGACCUUCAUCGGGAACCAAUUUACUACGAAAUAUCACCCAAGAAUAGUAAAACUUUAGUAAACCACUUCUUGAGCAAUAGUGGUGCUCAACCCAGCCACUACAUGGGCAACAACAAUCCGAAUGUAAUCUACGCCACGGUCAACAAAACACGGAAAAAUCUGAUAAAAUCCAAUUCACCCAAAAACCAUUCAAAUCAACAGCAACCAGUCAGCGCGAAAAAACUCAACGCGGACCCCUCUCAAAGUCAGUUGCUGAACUCUUCCUCCGAGUCGCAUUACAUUUCCGCGUACAGCCGACCGCGACGAUCGCUCUUCAGUAACAACACUAGUGCUGAUUCCAGUGGUGGUGGUGAUCUGGACAAAACCCGUACCCACUCGCACGACAAUGAAGACAAUGAUAUUUCGGUUUUGCAGGAAGACGACAAUGAUGACCGGGACCGGGACCAGGACGAAUGUUUUCAGACACCUCAAGGGAAGAUGACGAUGACUGGUGGACGGACAAUGACGACGACAACGACGCCGCCGCAAAAACCGGAACCCGUUCAAGAGCCGAUUAUUGAACGGAAAAUUGCUAGAAAUGGUCGACUAGAGUCGACGGCAAUCAUCGGAAUAAGUGGUGGGAACGACGAGAGUAAUGGUGUGGGAAGGGAACUGCAAGGGAAACCUGAUGAUGGCUACCGGGAGUUUAGAGAGGAUAUUCGAGGCGUCAAUAGUGGGACGAUGGCGAAAAAUGUGCAGACAAAUGAGGAACGGUUGUUGAAGUCCGCGGCAAAAUCUACAGAUGUCGCAAUGAUUGGUCGGGCUCCUCUGGGCUACAUCGAUACGGAUGAUGAGGUCGAAUCUCUGCAAAAAUACCAGGAAGGUGAUCUGGACGAUCUGCUUACGAUACUGCGGGAAAACAUCACCAUUUCCGAGGUCGGAACCGUCGAUACUGAAUCGGAAGCGUAUGUCACCGGGUUCGAUACCGUGGACUGCAUGCCGAUAACCCCCGGACGAAGAAACAAUCUGGAAGCGGCUGGUGGUGGAAGUGACCGCCAAAAUAGUACCAUCGAUACCGAUAACAUCAGCGAGUUGGCCUUCACUGCUCACGAUUAUUCGGUUUCCAAUCUUUCGCCAGUCAACAGCUCUCCGUCGAAUUCCGGCAAAAUGCGGAUGAACGGGAGCGAUAUCUAUCGGACUUUUAAGGAUAAAUUGAGGUCCUCGUUCAGGAAGAGUAAGAACUUUAUCAGGAAUGAGCAGAGGAAGUUUGUGAGUCGGUUCGAUGAUCGAUCUCUGGGCAGGAAGGAGGAAGGCUAUCGGGUGGCUUUUGAUUUGGACGCUUAUAUGAAAAAGUACGAGAAGGACACCGUUUCCGAUGAGAUUUAUCAAACGUUGAGUGCCACGGAAUCUCAGGUUGAGUUGAACAACCGCUAUUUGGCCGAAUUGAUAGCGCAGAUCAAGAACCAAUGUGAUGCUCGGAGGCAAUUAAAACAAGCUUUGUCAACUUGUCGGUCGACGCGGGAAUUUGAGUGCUCAUCGGAACUGAUCGAAGCCGAAAGGUUGAUGCUGCUAACGAUGCUCAAGGAAACGGCUGCCCGAAACGAACUGACCAAAGUAGACUACCACUCGGAAGUGAAGUUUGUUAACGAAGGCAAAAAAGUUGGUCUGGUUGCGUUGAAUCAUUUCGAAUUUCCCCUGAAAGAUACCGCGAUCAACGAUAUGAUGUUUAAUUAUUUCUACGUCGUUGUUUGUUCUUACAAGAAUCAAGUCAAGGCUACCCUGGCCAAGGAACGCUAUGAGAAUCGGGUCAUGUUUCGUAACUGUGAGAUCAAGUUUCACGACUUGGAUGCGGACUAUGAAAUCCGAGUAGAAAUUUUCGUGCUGAGAAUCAGGAAGAAUGCCAAAAACUAUAGCUUUGAGAGCAAAUAUCACCUCAAUAAGGAUGCCAAAGGGUCACCGGUAACCUGUCCUACCCCUCCGAAGCUACUUGCCUCUACUAAGUUCCUCACCGGGAGCCGAUCGAGUUCCCCGAAGAACUUCGACUUCGACAACGAAUUUUCACGCUUCAAAUCACAAGGUUUCGUUACGCUCACUUCGGCGAACUUGCUUCCUUCAAACGGAGGUAGUCGCAGCUGCAGCCGCAUUGAUGAUUCGGACCAGAUUCCGUACUAUUCGGCUUCCGGUAACUUCCAGCAAAUCGUUCGUCGACGGGAUGCCAAUAGUCAUGUCUAUUUGGUCGAAGAUUUUAAAUCCAUCAUUUUGGACUCGAUGGUCUAUAGUUCGAAUUUAGUUGGAAAUAUUGGAAUGAGUAUCAAGAGUGAAGUCACGUUCGUGGACGGAGACAUAAGCGGAUUUUUGACCGUGGCCGAGGGGCGCAAUGGCUUUACCAACUGGAGUCGUAAAUGGUGCAAGGUUAACGGUUUUCUGCUUGAGUUUUGGAACUAUCCUCAGGAGUGUCAAGAGAAGCUCCCAACCCUGCAGAUCGAUUUGACCAAAUGCAUCAACGAAGAGGUUGAACAAGCGGAGCGAACAAUUUGUUCUCGGGCUCGCACUUUCCGGGUCGACAUUAUCGACAAAGCCAGCGGAAGCUGUAGUAGCAGUGGCAUUAGCAGCUAUAAAGAUACGGAUUCCCAUCAUCAUCAGCAACCCGCUAGCCCAACCGCCACCACCAGUAGUGGCAUCUCUGAUCAACAUCAGCAAGCUUCAACAAGCGGAAGCACCACCGGCAGCAACAGUACUAAAAAUUAUCUCCUGUCGGCAGACACCCCGGCAGAACUGAAAAUGUGGCUCAAUGAGCUCAAUAGAAUCGUUAAGUUUUUGAAGCAGUGGAAAAUAUGAAACGUUUGUGCAAUAACAUUUCGAGGAAUAGCUUUUGUUGGAUCCCAAAAAUUAAAUUUGAUUUCAAGUCAUUCGAAUAGGUUCUAGCUCUUAAAAAAAUAAAAUAAGCGUUAACUAGCAAACGAAAAAUGAAUCUCAAACGGAAGAACAAAAACAAAAUUGUAAAAAAGUCUUUGUACAAGUGCCUUUUACCUAACGACAGAUUUCAAAACCACUUCACAGUGAAUUGUUGACGGUUCACGUGUUUUAAAUUUUAUGUCUAGCAAGUUUAUUUUUAAGUAACAUUCCACAAACUGAUUUAGUAAAUUGUAUUGUAUAACACAUUCCAACUGAAUAUUGAAUGAUAGCAUAGAACACUAUAAAGAUGUAAGUAAAAUUAGCAGUUAAGGGUUACUUCUCAAGUCGAAUAAUCUCUUUUGCUAAAAGACCUAACUUGGAUUAAGUAACGGUAGCUGUUAUGGUUUCUUACAAUUAAACGUGAAAUAAAUAAAAUAAACUCUCA